UCUUGCCAUUUAUUUUUUCUGUACUUGUGUUAAAAAAUCUGAGAUGACUAAUUCUAUAGAGAAAAAACCACAUGCAGUGUUAACUCCAUUUCCAACUCAAGGCCAUAUCAAUGUAUUGUUGAAACUAGCAAAACUACUUCACCUUAAAGGCUUUCACAUAACCUUUGUCAACACUGAAUAUAAUCACAAACGCUUGCUCAAAUCAAGAGGUUCCAAUUCCUGUGACGGUUUCACUGAUUUUACCUUUGAGACUAUUCCAGAUGGUUUAACUCCAAUGGAUGGUGAUGGUGAUGUUACUCAAGACGCACCCUCUCUUUUUCAUUCAAUCAUGAACAAGAUGCACAUAUUCUUUGGUGAACUUCUUACUAGACUUCAUGAAUCUGCCAUUGCUGGUCUGGUUCCACCAGUUACAUGCAUAGUUUCUGAUUUUUACAUGCCAUUUACCAUACAAGCUGCUGAAGAUCAUGCACUCCCAAUCCUUCUCUUUUCCCCAGUCAGUGCAUGCACCUUGUUAUCUACACUGCACAUUCGUACAUUGAUUGAGAAAGGUUUAAUACCACUCAAAGACGAGAGUUAUCGGACAAAUGGAUAUUUGGACACCAAAGUAGAUUGUAUUCCAGGAUUGCACAACUUUCGACUAAAGGAUCUUUUUGACUUGAUCAUAACAACAGAUCUAAAUGAUAUCAUGUUUGAAUUCUUCAUCCAUGUGGCAGACAGAGUUCAUAGAGCAUCUGCUAUUGUUUUUAACACUUUUAAUGAGCUUGAGAGUGAUGUGCUGCAAGCUCUCUCUUCUAUGCUCCCUUCUGUCUAUACCAUUGGACCAUUACCUUUAUUAUUAAAUCAAAUUGGGCAUAAUCACUUAGAAUCUUUAGGUUCCAAUCUUUGGAAAGAAGAUACCAAAUGUAUUGAUUGGCUUGAAUCCAAAGAACCAGAGUCUGUCAUUUAUGUGAAUUUUGGAAGCGUUACAGUUCUGACUCCGGAGCAACUGUUGGAGUUUGCUUGGGGUUUGGCCAACAGCAAGAAACCAUUUUUAUGGAUCAUUAGGCCUGAUCUUGUCAUCGGUGGCUCGGUGGUUUUGUCAUCUGAGUUUGUCAAUGAAAUUUCUGAUAGAGGCCUAAUAGCAAGUUGGUGUCCGCAAGAGAAAGUUUUGAACCAUCCUUCAAUUGGUGGAUUCUUGACUCAUUGCGGAUGGAACUCAACCACUGAAAGUAUAUGUGCUGGAGUGCCAAUGUUGUGUUGGCCAUUUUUCGCUGAUCAGCCAACAAACUGUAGAUUUAUUUACAAUGAAUGGGAGAUUGGAAUGGAAAUCGAUUCUAAUGUGAAGAGAGAUGAAGUGGAGAAGUUGAUCAAUGAAUUGAUGUUGGGAGAUAAAGGAAAAAGGAUGAGGAAAAAGGUCAUGCAAUUGAAGAAGAAGGCAAAGGAGAACACUAGUCCAGGUGGCUCUUCUUACAUGAGCUUUGACAAAGUUAUUAAGGAAGUUUUGCUUAAACAAUACUGAAUAUUAAAGUGCUUUAUUUUAGGAAAUGUAGUUAUUCAUUCAUUUCCUAUUGAAUUUGAUUGAUUGUAAUAGUGCAUUUAAUUAUUUGUUAUGUUAUUUGAUUUCAAGAUGAAUAAUAAUGUUUAAGAGGUAUCGGUUUAUUGGUUAGAGCUUAAUAUUGUAAUCUAAAGUUAACAAGCUCAAAUGUCAUAUAUGAUAGUUGUAGUUGAAU